GUCUAUUCUGACCGACUACUGACCUGACCUGACCUGCUUUGCUGCUCGGCUUGGCUUGGAUAUAAGCCCGCUGGCCCACCCCGCAGAGUCACACCUCUUUCAACCCUCUCGUUCUCGUCCUCCUCGCCCCUCCGCCGUCCUACCCGCCCGACCACCCUCCCUUCCUCUCCCCCGACUCUCCUCCCUCUACUAACGGCGCUCUUCUAAUCCCAUCGUUUAUCACCAAGUUCCAGUCCGUUCCAGAUUUCUCUCUUCUUGCAAGAUCCUCCGCAGCACGACCGGCUCGUCAAAACCGACUCCAUCGCAUCGCUUACAUCAUCAAUACCACACAUCGCUGCCUAUAUCACACAUCCCUCGAGAUGCCCGUGCAACUGCUUCCUGCCUCGGCGCAGGCCUUUGCACCGCGUUCCGCUCCGGAGAUCGUCCUCAACUCCAAGGUCGAGUCUUGGCUCACACAAACACUGAAGCGCAUCAACCGGGUAAAGCGCCCACUCAACAGUGUUCCACAGCACCACCGAUGUCUCACAGAAACUCUCGGCGGCACCCUCGCCAUCUGGACACUUGCAUCGCUCAUGCUGCCCAAAGCACCCGAUGCCGACCUGCGCAAGGAUGACAAUCCAUUAACAGAAGCUCUGUUCAACCAUCAGCUGAUCCACAUCGAGGCUUACGUCGUACACGUCGACAUGGUGUCGCAACAUGAAGUCGCCUUCAAGCUCACAACGGACACGAUCGAGUUGCUUAUCGAAUACCACAAGGACAUCUACUCUGUCGAUGCUUCGGCAAGCACAUGGUCCUGGCCCGAGAAGGAGUCGCACGUCAAGAAAAUGCAAGAUGAGUUCGUCCAAGCCGCCAACAAGUUUGUCUUUCGCACUCAUGUCCGCGCGCUGGAGGGUUUGGAAGAGGACGGCGCCGGCGAGCUUCUCGAAGGUCGCUCCGAAGACGUCAAGAACGCCAUCAUGAACAUGUUCGUCCCGCUACUCCCACCACCACCGCGAAUCGUCGAUGUCAUCCACCCAGCACCCAUCCUCCCGACAUCAUCGAUGGCCGGUCACUGGUGGACACCAUCGCCGCAGCAGCAGUUGGCGCCCGCGCAUCCUGCGCCCGUAGACACAUGGCGAGUGCUCCCAUCGACACCGUCCCCGACGGCCACCACGUGCAGCGACUCCCGGUCUAACAGUUUCUGGCAAGACAUGCAGUACGGUCAGCAGGUCCAACUUCCGUCGCCCACGCCUUCGUUUAGCCAGCCCAUUGCAUACACAACGGCACCUGCGCAGUUCUAUAGCUCGCCACAGAGCAUCGCCCCGAUGCCGGCCUUGAUCAUGCCACACCAAAUGCCUCAUCAUUGCGGUGUUGACAUGGUCAUGGGUGGAUACUCCGACUUUGGCUGGAGCCAGAGUUCUUGGACGCCGCAGUACGCGACUACGUUUUGAGGAGACACGCGAUACCUAGCGAUCGGC